AUGGCGUCUGAACGUGAAAAACAACAUGCGCAACCUGGCAAAGAACACGUCAUGGACCCCACUCCACAAUUCUCUAGCUCAGACUACAAACCCUCCGACAAGCUUCGUGGGAAAGUGGCGUUGAUAACAGGGGGCGACUCCGGGAUUGGUCGAGCCGUGGGUUACUGUUUUGCGCUUGAAGGUGCCACGGUGGCUUUCACUUACGUGAAAGGUCAAGAGGAAAAAGAUGCACAAGAGACGCUACAAAUGUUGAAGGAGGCAAAAGUCUCGGAGGCUAAGGACCCCAUGGCGAUCCCAACGGAUUUAGGAUUCGACGAGAACUGCAAGAGGGUCGUUGACGAGGUGGUUAAUGCGUUUGGCCGCAUCGAUGUCUUGAUAAACAACGCAGCGGAGCAGUAUGAGAGGAGCUCAAUCGAGGAGAUUGAUGAGUCCAGGCUAGAGAGAGUCUUCCGUACAAACAUUUUCUCUUACUUCUUCCUCACAAGGCAUGCGUUAAAGCAUAUGAAGGAAGGAAGCAGCAUAAUCAACACGACAUCAGUGAACGCCUACAAGGGCAAUGCCUCGCUUCUUGACUACACGGCUACAAAAGGAGCAAUUGUGGCAUUUACUCGAGGACUUGCACUUCAGCUCGCCGAGAAAGGAAUCCGUGUCAAUGGCGUGGCGCCUGGUCCGAUAUGGACACCUCUUAUCCCGGCCUCUUUCGAUGAGGAAAAGAUCAAGAAUUUCGGGUCUGAGGUUCCAAUGAAACGAGCGGGGCAGCCGAUUGAGGUUGCACCUUCCUAUGUUUUCUUGGCUUGUAACCAUUGUUCGUCGUACUUCACCGGUCAAGUUCUUCACCCUAACGGAGGAGCUAUUGUGAAUGCGUAA